AUGUCCACUGCUGUAGUCUACCCGGACCUAGUACGCAGGCUGCACCUCCAAGAUAGAUUUAGAGAACUCAUAGAGGACGGCCACGAACUCUUCAAGGACCCCCAACUCCACCAAUACCGCGAAGUCAGCGACCACGCCAGCCAAUUGAUGUUACAGGCCACCGAAUGGUUCAUGCGGAUGGACAACGACAGGCCUGAUAUUCCCGAGUUUCUCCUUGACCAGAUGGGCGCUGGACAUACUGGAGUCGGGGGUACGCGUUAUCGGGGACUUCUUGCGGGCAAACAGCCGCACAGCGGACAACGGAGCAACGAACAGCGACGCAAUAAGCGACGAAGCGGCCGCGGUGAGCAUGCUCCUAGCCAUUGGGGCGGCGCGGGAGAGGGCGGGCUGAAUUACGGUUACGGGUUCGGGGAUGGUAGCGUUACUUUUGAUAGAUAUCGACGUUAUAAACACAUAUGUACCGGCGUACCUUUUGCUGGGAACGUGAGGAACGGUGAUCGUUCCUCUCGUUCCAGACUGGAUCCUGGGAACGGUAGCCGUUCCCUUCGUUCCUCUGCUGAUUGGUCUGAGACCCAUUCUUAA